AUGUUACUUCAUUUCUUAAAAAUAUUUCUCAUUCUAAAAGUGGUUUCCUCAAAACCUGAAGACAUUCUAAGUCAAAUAUCUAUGGAACUUAAAACAAGAACUCUUGUAUACUUUGGCUAUUCUAUUGAGAGUUUUGAUCACUUUGAUUUAAAGAGUGAAGAACCUAAACUACUGGUCCACAAAAACAUCAGCGAAGAGUUUCAAAUCUGUCAUGAUGAGCCUGUGAUUAUUAUAACGAUUCUGGAACCUGAUUUGGACUAUAAUCUGGAAAUUGUAGAAGUGCUUAGAUCCUAUCUCAAGGAUAGGCAAUAUAAUGAUGUUUUUCUCAUAGACAAAAGUGCAAAUAGUGACAAGAGUUACAUUGAGGUUUUAAGAACCUAUUGGAAUACAGGUUUCCCUCGGGUGCUGAUUUAUGAUUCUCUGGAGCAACUUUGGUCUCUGCAAUCUUAUCAAUUUUUUGAAGUUAAGAAAACCAGCUUAAAUAAGUAUCUAAUGAACAGAGAUAAAGUAAACUUAAAAGGCUAUCCCUUGCAAGUUUUGGUGACCAACGAUCCCCCGCACUGUUUUGUGGAUGAACAGGAGCAGCCCCAUUCCCCGAAUCGCUAUAAGGGCAGUAUUAUCACAAUCUUCAAGAUAUUCGCCGAUAAAUUGAAUGCCAGCUUUCAGGCAGUGCCCUUUCCAGGAUUAAGACUAGACGAAGCCGAGGCCUGUGGCAGCAUCUUCAUAAAGACCUACAAGUACGCCACCAGUCAGCCAGUUCGUCUCAACCGCGUGGCCAUAAUGGCUCCUUUCGGCAAUCCAAUUGACAAGUUCUACUACUUUUUCCGGCCAUUCGACUUCUAUGUGUGGCUGGGCACUGGCCUGAUAGUGGUCUACAUAGCGGCAAUGGGUUCUUUGCUCCACCGCUGGCACUUUGGCAACUGGGAUGUGGGUCAGUACCUCCUGCUGGCGGUGGAGACCCUGCUGUCCCGGGGACUGACCCUUCCCCAAUGUUCCAGUGGCUCGAAAUUGAUGCUGUUCCUACUGCUCUUCGCCAUUGGCUUUGUUUUGUCCAAUUUGUAUGUGGCUCUGCUCUCAAUGAUGCUAACCACCAAGCUGUACCAAAGGCCCAUUGAAAAUAUAGCCGAUCUGAAGGCAGCCAAUGUGAGUAUUCUUCUGCAGCAGCACAACCUCCGACCGAAUUCCAUCUAUGGAAGUUCAGAGGAACUCAGGGAGAGGUUCCUUCUGGUGGAGGAGUCCCUGCACAAGGAGAAGAGAGAUGGCCUGGAUCCCAGUUACGCCUACGUGGACUCCGAGGACCGCAUGGACUUCUAUUUGUACCAACAGAAGUUCUUGCGCCGACGAAGGAUGAAGAAACUACCCGAUCCCGUGGGCUACACCUGGGCCGUUCAGGUCAUCAAACAGAAUUGGAUUCUAGAGAAAUACUAUAAUGAGCACAUUCAACGAUUAUUCGAGACUGGUUUGCAGAAUAAAUUGGUGGACGACGUCCACGAAUUGGCCGUUAGAGCCGGCUUCCUCCAUUUCUUUCCCACUCAGACGCAAACUAUUGAACCACUGCGACUGGAGGACAUCGUGAUGGCCGCCAUGGUCCUGGGCUGUGGGCACGCCCUCGCCGGGAUCUGCUUCCUGGGCGAGCUGCUCCUCUAA